AUGGGUGCUUCCCAAUCUCAAGGUGCCGGCAGCAGAGGCGCUGCAUCGGGUGUGCCUGCGCACGACCUCACCGAAGAUGGCAUCCACAAACAAGACUUUUACGGCUUGCUUGGUCUGGAAAUCCACGCGACCACGGACGAGGUGAAGCGCGCAUAUCGGAAAUUAGCGCUCAAGUACCAUCCUGACAAGAAUCCAGACAAUGUCGAAGCCGCAAAUGACCGAUUCAGACUCAUUUCUGCAGCAUACGAGGUCCUGUGCGAUGAUCAAGAACGCGCUUGGUACGAUUCUCAUCGCGAUGCCAUUCUCCGUGGCGAGACGGAGGGCGACCAAUUCCGCCAAUUCAAGACCGGCAAGGCCCAGCCUACAAAUCCGGGCAGCAAUACACCUGGUCUGACUCCUCGGCACCUGCUGCGCUUCCUGGACCCUACCUUUAUUCUCUCGCUGCCUUCCACUGGGCCAAAGGCUGAUAGCGACGCUGGCUUCUUUGGCGUCUUUCGUCGCCUCUUCGAGCGGCUGUACGAAGAGGACUACGCUGCUGCUUCGUAUCCUGGCGAAGCAGCCACGCCGCACGUCUCAUACCCAUCCUUUGGUUACAGUCAUACGCCCUGGGCUUAUUCAAGAGCUGAAGAGGUCGUGGCCGCAAAUUCGAUGGCCGCACGUGACUUUUAUCAAGCCUGGAGCGGCUACACUACUCGUAAGAGCUUCGGUUGGAAAGAUGGAUGGAAGCUCAGUGAGGCGCCAGAUCGGAGGGUCAAGAAGAUGAUGGAGAAGGACAACAAGAAGGCUAGGGAGGCAGGCCGAAAGGAGUACAAUGAGACUAUCCGUUCCCUCGUGACGUUCUUGCGCAAGCGCGACCCGAGAUGGAAGGCACACCAAGCAGCAACAGCGGGAGAUGCAAGCGGCAGAGCAAGCGAAGCUGAGCUGGCACGACGACGAGCCGAGGCGGAAGCACGAGCUCGCGCCGAGGCAGAGCGGGCAGCAGCGUACGUGCCACAAGACUGGGAACGUCAGGCGCCGGUGGAAAUCGAUUCCGAGUUCGAAUCCGAAGCUGAAGAUGGCGAGCAGGAUGACUGGGAUUGCGUCGCUUGUGAUAAGCAAUUCAAGACCAGAGCAGCUUGGGAGAACCAUGAGCGAAGCAAGAAGCAUCGGACAGAAGUGGCGCGGCUGAAACGUGAAAUGAGAAAGCAGGAUAAGGAGCUCGGGCUGAAC